CGAAUCGUGCGGGAAUAGCGCAUUGACGCACGGCGAUUAAACAUUAGUAGUGUUUGCAUUUCUGCUCUUGCUGCAAGCGUCAAUUUUAACAUAUGUAUCGAUGUUUCGGGGCUACAUGCAAACACACUAUCAAUUGUCCCUCACUGAUGCGACAUUUGCAUCAAGACCGGUAUUAGUUGGUUAUUUUGAAAUAAUAAGCUACUGAGAAGAUAAUGGAUUCUUUUCCUCAGGUUAAGAAAAAGAAGGGGAGGCACAAGAAGCACUCUUCAAAGGCAAAGAAAUCUUCUAGGCAAUCGGAUUCCAACAGCAGCAGCAGCAGUAGCAGCGAUGAAUGGGCCGAGGCGCCGUCUAAAUUGCGUUCUACCGAAGAGCCGGAGAGAAGUGCAGACGACCCACCGAGGACUGUUCAGAGGGACGCGUGGAUGAACUUCGAAGAUGUCAUUCCGACAAUAUCAGCAAAGGAUCACAGAGCGCAGAGAAGAGGCGAGAGGACAGGCGGGUCCAGGCAGAGGGAAAAGACCUUGAGGACCAUUGAUCAGCCUGGCCAACAUGAGCGUGAGUUAAACCCAUACUGGAAAGAAGGUGGGAUUGGACUACCCAAGGAAGAUGAAGCUAAGCCAGUUGAGCCAACACUAGCCACAUCUGCAGUUGGUGAUGGUGGCCUUAAGUGGCUGAGGCGUGCCUACCAGAGGAUACGCGAACAAGCUGCUGAUGAAGGUCGAUCGGUGGAGGAAGUUGCAGCUGAGCGCUAUGGGUCUUUAGAGAAAUUGGAGAGCAUGAUUGCAGAAGCUGAGUCAAGGGCUAAUCCAAGUGGUGAAAGGCAUCAUAGAAGACAUGACUUGUCCAGAAGAUAUGGAAGAAUGCAAAAACCAGGCUCGGAUGAGGAGACGGAAAGACCAUCCCGCAACAGGGCAAUGCAAAGACCAGGCUCAGAUGAGGAUAUGGAGAGACCAUCGCAUUAUCACACAAAACACAGAGACAGUCUGUCAUCAGGCUCGAAGAAGCGGUCCGAGGAAAGAAGAAGAUUUCAACGACCAGGUGAUGAUGAUGAUGAUGAUCAGGACAGCCACACUGGCAAACAUCAGCACAGAAGAGAGCACUCAUCAUCAUCAUCGUCUUCAAAGCCCAGCUGGAUGAGAAAAGAAUUUUUCAAGGAACCAGAAGACAGACAAGAUGCGCAGAAGCCUGACGUCAGCAACAAGGGCAGGAAUUCCUUGCAGGAAAAACACCUAACUUUGAGGCAAGGAGAGAAGUCCAACCCAUCCAAGCUGCAGAAACAGGAAAAUGAGCCUGGUUCAAGUACCCAGAGAGAGGAGCCUGUUGCCCCGAAACUGCUCUCGGACAAAGAGCUAAAUGCAUUAGGUGCAAAACUCAUAAAGGCCGAGAUGCUUGGAAACACAGCUCUCUACGAUAAACUGAAGAAAGAAAUUGAGGAAGCUAGGAAAGCAAGGGAAUCUGCAGGUGCUUCCACCUGUCCUGAUGGGGCACAGCGUGGCUCGCGUGAGGAAGUGGUCAUCCUCACUAAGACUGACAAUCGUGGCUUCGCACAUCCACUUUCGGAGCCAUCUGAAGUGGGUGGGCCAUCAAGGAAGAAAGCAAAGGUUCCUACACAUGACAGAGGUGGUGAACGGGUGCGGUACUUCGCUGAUGAUGACCGGCAUUCACUCAAGAACUUGUUCGAGCGGGAGAAAAUGACCACAGCUGAAGAUCAAAAUGCAGAGUUUGCACGUCUUGCUGGCAAGGUACGAAUCUCGAAAAAUGAAGAAUAUGACUUUGACGAUGCUGCCAUGGACAAAGCAAGUGAGCAUGAUUCUUCUGCAAAACAAGAUGCCAGGGACAGAAUGCAAGCCAUUCAAGAGCAUAAGCACAUGUCUAAAGCAUUGGAGAAAUGUAAAUACUGCCUCGACAGCCAUGAAAUGAAGAAACACCUGAUCAUCGCCAUAGGCAUACGGGCUUACUUAUGUUUACCACCGUACCAGUCACUGACUGAGGGCCACUGUUUGAUUGUUCCACAAGCACACGUUGCUUGUGGAACAUUGCUUGAUGAAGAUGUGUGGCUUGAGGUGCAGGUGUUUAGAAAAGGUUUGACAAAGAUGUUUGAGGAGAUGGGAAAGGACACUGUCUUUAUGGAGACAGCUGUUGCGUUCCGUCAUCACCCACACGCAGUCAUAGAGUGCAUACCAGUGCCCAUGGAUGUUGGAAACUUGGCACCAAUGUACUUCAAGAAAGCUAUAAUGGAAUGUGAGAGCGAGUGGGCCCAAAACAAAAAGCUUGUUGACCUGUCAAAGAAAGGCCUACGAAAUUCGAUUCCCAGAGGGCUGCCCUAUUUCUCGGUUGAUUUCGGUCUCCAAGGAGGAUUUGCUCACGUUGUUGAAGAUGAAAAAGAUUUCCCAGUUUAUUUUGGAAAGGAAGUGGUGGGGGGCAUGCUGGACUCUGAGCCCAGGCUCUGGCUGAAGCAACGGCACGAGAGCUUCGACGAGCAGAAGAAGAAAGUCUUGGAGUUUGCCAAAUGGUGGGAACCUUACGACUGGACAGAGCGGCUUAAAACUGAGUCAUCAUAAUGUACAGCACUAAGGUCUUUAUUUUUUUGCUGCUGCUACAUCGAACCAUCAGGAGAGAGAGAACGAAUAAAUGUUAUUUGAACACA